CAACGUAACCAUAUCUCAUCCUCGUCCAUUCUCUCUCUGAUAUGAGGUAAACACCACCAGAAAACCACCCUCUGAGUUUCAAAAAUCUUUUCUUCUAAUCACCAUUUUCAAAUCAAGAAAUUAAGCUAGCUUUCUUUCAACUCCCUUGGGAGCUUUAGGAGGCUUGGGUGGCGCAACUCAUCACCUCUUUUUCUCCUCUCUUCGCAUAGUUCAACUUGAGUUAAUUCAGAAACUCGGCAGUGGGAAUUGAUGGUAGCUCUGAGCUUGCAGGGUGUGCAGGCAAGUCCUGCCCAACCCCAAUGCCAACGCCCAUCAUCACGUGGUGGAAGAGCAGCUGGAGUCAUCAGAAUUCGGUGUGGGAUAGCUGAGCCAUCUGGUGAACCUGCUCCUUUAGGACAAAAGACACGGUACAAUGAUGGCAUUUUUGAGAAGGCCUUCAUGACUCUCUUUGCGCGUAAGAUGGAGAAAUUUGCUGAUCCACCAGCACCAGCAGGAAAAGCCAGAGAGAAUAAGGGUUGGUGGGAUUGGGGUUAUGACUAUGAGAGUUUCGUGGAUGUAUCAAGGAGAGUAAUGCAGCGUAGGUCUCGUAUCCAGCAACAACAAGUGGUUCGGGAGGUUCUCCUGUCUAUGCUUCCUCCAGGUGCGCCUGCCCAGUUCCGGAAAUUAUUUCCGCCAACAAAAUGGGCUGCAGAGUUUAAUGCUGCUUUGACAGUGCCUUUCUUCGACUGGUUAGUUGGGCCAUCUGAGGUUAUGGAAGUAGAGAUAAAUGGAGUGAAGCAAAAAAGUGGCGUGCAUAUAAAGAAGUGCAGGUACCUGGAGAAUAGUGGCUGUGUUGGAAUGUGUGUCAAUAUGUGCAAGAUUCCUACCCAAGAUUUUUUCACUAAUGAAUUUGGACUUCCGUUAACAAUGACUCCUAAUUUUGAAGACAUGAGUUGUGAUAUGGUGUAUGGCCAAGCCCCACCUACAUUUGAAGAAGACCCUGUUUCAAAACAAGCUUGUUAUGCGAAUAUAUGUUCUAUGGCAAAACCAAGCUCUAGUGUGUGUCAUAAACUACAGGCAUGAGAAGGCAUUCCUUUCUAGUGUCUAGUAAGCUUCUAUUUCGACCUGAGGUGCUCUUACCGGUCUAGCUUCAGAAAAUUUCAUUUUUCACGCGUGUAAUUAUACCAGCCUUGUUAGGCUUUUACUUCUUUCAUAGAGUCAUUACAUUCACAAAUGAGAGGGCAUUGUCUACAAAUACUUCAUGUAAAUUUGUAAUUAUAGUGUCAAAUAUCAGUAUUGCUAGAUUGUACAA